GAGAAAGAGGUCCAAAGAGUACAAGACUGAAAUUUAGACCAUCUACACCAUUUUGAACAGUGGUCUCACAUCACUGUUGAUCACUCAGUAUGGUUUUCAUGUGGGGCACAACAGUUCUUUUAACAUUUGCUGUCUUCUUCAAUGCUGUUGUAGUUCACUCCUACGAUACAGAUGAUGAUGAUGAUGAUGAUUACUUUGUUGAAAAUUCAGAAUCGAUUCAGGAAACGGCUACGUCUCUUGCUGUCACAGUUGGAAUCAUUAUUGCUCUAAUAAUCGGUGGUAUCAUUGUCAUUACGUUAAUCAUUUGUUGCUGCUGCUGUAAAGGUCGAAGAACCCAAGGUCAUGUGUACCGACCAACUACUACAGUUACUACCACGACAACUGUUGUUAAUCAACAUCGACCUCCUCAAUACCCAGUUCAAGCUCAGACUGGUUACCCAGGAUACCAGGCCACCUCCCCACCUCCCCCUGCAGCACAGAUGGCGCCUCCUCAUCAAGGGACAUCACCAGGGUAUCCCCCACAGAACAUGACAUGCCCUCCUCAGAACCAGGGUCCUUUGCCAGAACCAUCUGCUCCACCUGCUCCUUCUGCCCCUUUCAUGCAAGAUAUGCCAUACUACCCCCCACCACAGGACCAGGCGUACCCUCCACCCCCAGGCCAGCCUUACCCCCCUCAGCCAUAUGGAGGAAUGGUACAACCGCCCCCAUACUCCGAGAAGUGAUUCUUGAUCUGGAGAACUUCCAACAGGGUUUUAACCACUAAGGGAAUGAGGAACGAGCUGUAGAUAAGAUACCCUGAUUUUUGAGAAAAAAUUUAACUUCAAAGUUAUUUUUGAGUAUCAUUUCACUUUAAUUUGGGAGGAAUAUCAUUGUUGAAAAUGCUUAUCUAUUCAAAAAUUAAAAAAAAUAAAUAAUUGCAAGAUAGUUUAAUCUUGCCUUUCCAUAUUGUAUUUUAAAUAUUGAUAGUAGGUUUAUUAAUAAACAUCCAAGGUUUUGACCUAUGAAACGCUUUCCAAGCCAUGAUUUUAAAUAAUCUCAAAUGAUACAAGUUUGAUAUUUUCAUAGAAGUCAGGGUCUUAAAAUGUAUCUGUGAUUUUUCUGUGUAAUGAACUGAAUGCAAUUAAAGAGAGAGAUUAUCCUAACAUGAUACCAGAUGAUAUUUCAUCAUGUAUGUUAUUAAUUGUUCAUAAUGCAUUGUGUAAACUUAUAGUCAUCAAUUUAGUCUAGUAAAUUGUAUUAAUCCUAUUAAUGAUUAAAAUCACGACCAACAUCGAACCUUUACAAUUAUGUACAUAACUUUUAGCAUAUAAUAUGAAUAGGACAUUACUGUUGAUGGAUUCUUGAUGGAAUCAUGAUCAAUAUUUCUUAGCUGUGUUUUAUUAUAUCCUUGGUGGUUUUAUCAAAAUUUAAAUCUAGCAGUAUCAUACACUUAGUGAAUUCUUUGUUAUUAGCAACUGUUAUGAAAAUCAGUGUUUAAAAUGGCUGUCUAUGUUAGAUAUAUAUCUGACGAACUUGAAUUCUAAUUUAAAUAAUUUAUAUUUGAUGUAAAUACAAACCAUUUUUCCAUUUGUUUCACUACUACUGAGUAGAAAUCAUUUAGAAAAAAUAAUUUUCACAUAUCUUGUUCACGUUUUUUAUGAAAUACAAAUUGUACUUUUUUCGGGCAGUUAUUACACUGAUUUGCUUUGUAAGCAAUGUAUAUCAUGUACUAAGAAAGGUGUUGAUAUAUUGUCAUGAUAACACUGAAGGAUUUAGAUAACACAUUUGUAAAUCUGACUAGAGUAUUGAGGGUUCUGUUCUGCUAAAUCCUGAGGCAGUUUGAAGUUUAGCAAUUGUUUAUGAUAUAUGAUAUAUAUACAUGUACAGAAUGACUUGAAGAAGACAAACCUGAAUUAUCAUGAAAGUUGUUACAGCCCUGUUGUGUAGCUUUCUGUAGAGGUCCUACAGAUUCUAGUAUAUUUUCAAUUGAGUGAUUCUUCAUUUGUAUUUUUAAAAAAAUUUAUUAAAAUUAUACAUGCAAAAGGCAUGUCUAAGGGAUGUUACGCUGAACUUUGUUUUUAGAUUUACAAAGUAAAGUAAAUUUGACGGUUGUUUGAAAUUUUUUACAAAGAAAAAUAAAUAUUGAUCUGUAAUUAUAUAACUACAUUAAUAUAUUUUAGAAAGUUAUUUUUUUUCGAAGGAUAGUUGUUAUUGUUACAAAUAUGCCAAAACAUAUAACUUAGUUUGACAUGUUACAGUAAGAAUGUUGUGUGAAACAUAUAUAUGUUCAUACAGAUACAGUCUUUUUAUGAUAAUUCACAUUCUAUAACUGAAGUAUUCGUUAAUUUGUGCUUAGGGCUAUUCCAUUAAAACAUAUAUCCUAUAUUGGAACUGCAGUUUUGUUCCGGGGUACUAUCCACAGACUUUAAUUGAUAACUAUAAUUUGUUUUAAAGUAAUGAGUCGUGGUAGAUGUUUUACUGGAAUAGCCCUUAUGAUGUAUUGAAGGAGGAUUAAACAAUCAUUACUGUAAAAACAUUAAUUUUCGUGGGUGAUUAAUUUUCGUGGAAUUUAAGGGUUUUCUUAAUCCACAAAUAUAUAUGUCCAUCAAAUGAUAAACAGAUAAAAAUUGAAAUGGAUUUAGCUUUAGUAAAUUCUGUAAUGAACAUUAAUCCGUGAAAUCAUGAGCCCACAAAAAGUAUUUAUUUUUGGAAAAAACCACGAAAUUUUUAGCCCUACAAAAAUACAACACACAGGUAACAUUUUUAGGGUUAAUUAAUGAUUUGUUAUGUGAGUAUUGAAAAACAAAGAAAUUAAGUAGAAGGGGGAGGGGUGUCAAUAUGAGUCGUUAUGAACAAAAAAUUGUUAAAAAAAAUGUACAAGUGGUUAUACUACUAAUGAUAUAUAGUGUUGCAGACAGGGAAUUGUCUGAAGUUCCUUACGUACAAAAAUUUGUACGAACUGAGUUCAUUGUAAUCAAGUUUUACUCUAACCAUUAGAUAGCAUGCUAAGAAGCUUACAUAUUCUAAGGAUAACAUGUUUUACUAUUAUGGGCAUCUAACACUUUAUCUACUGUACAAUCAAGGAGUUACACAUUUAUGUUAAAGUAUACCUAACAAAGAAAAGUAACUUGCCUCUAUGUGUUUACUUUUAUAAGCCUGAGUCACAGAAUCCUCAUACAAAUGGAGGGUAGAAUGAGAACGCAAUGUGUCUAAGCCUACAACGAGGUUGUGCAUCCAGGUAGAGAGGUUAUGUGAGUGAUCUGGCCCCACUGGUAUAAAACAUAUCAACUUGAGAUUUCCUCAAGUCGAGAUUUUCCUCAGCUGAUAUCUCUUCAAAAUGGCUUGUAUAAAAUUUUCUCAAGGAACAGGAGGAAGGCAUCGGCUAGGAUGUCCUGAAAUUCCUUGAGGAAUUUUCAUACAAGAUAUUUUCAAGGAGAUAUUAGCUGAGGAAAAUCUAGGCUUGAGGAAAUCUCAAGUUGAGAUGUUUUAUACAAGUGGGGCCUGGAACCUUAAAAUAUUCUGUAUUGGAGGUAUAUACAUAUAUAGAUAUAACAUGUAAUAUUGUUGCUAUAAUAUCCACUUACAUUUAAAAUGUAUUUUUUAUAUAAUACAUACCUUAUAUUACACAUAUAAAUUUAUAUGCUUGGAAGAAACAGCUGGAAUAUAAAUCUUCUAAUUUGGAGUACAUGUUGAGUAUUUUAUAGAUUUUAUCAGUAAUUACCAUUCUUUGGGAAAUUUGAUAGUCAUUUUUAAAGUAUUGAAAAAUUUUGGGUAGUUAUUCAUAUCACAACAUUCAUACAUGGAAAUCUAGUUUAAGAAUUAUUUUGAAAGAUGUGUAUAUACCUGAUUUACGUCCUGAAUUGGGAUUCUGUGUCACUGUUGUAGAGUAACAUUCUGGGUUUAGCUCUCGUUAGUAUUGGGUAAGGUGAUACAGUGACUGGACCACUGCUAUUUUAUGCCACAAAAUGUUGCCAAUUUUGAUAAAUGAUAAUGUUAUUGUCAACAAUACAAAUUUUAUGAUAUUACUUUCAAUGUAUGCUUUAAAAGAUUAAUUUAUUUUAACCCUUAUUUUAGAUCUCAAAAUCAGCUCAUUACCUGUUAGCAUAAUGUCUUAUUUUCUGUUUUGUCAGAUACACAAAAUUACAACACAGUAUUAUAUCACUGCUAGACUUUUAAGUUUCUUUUGUGUCUUUUGUUGAAGAUCUGCCAUGUUAAAACGAUGGUCAACAUACCAAUUUAUCACUGUUUUGAUACUGACAAAAGUGUUUGUCUCAUUUUCUUAUUAGAUUUGUGUUGAUUUUACUUGAUUGAUAUAACCGGUGUGAAAAUCAGUUUGAUGUCACAGAAAUCACAACAAUAUUUCUUGGACUGUAUCAUUACUACAGAUUCAGUUAAUUUUUUUUUUUUUUAAUAUAUUUUAUUUUUUUUACUCUCCUUUUAUAGCUCACUGUAUAUAUAUUCUAAUCUUUGCUUAAUUGAUUGUGUCUUAUGUAUUAUUUUUAUUGUUUAGAUUUUUCAAUAAAUAAACAUUAAAUGUUUGUUUGUUAGAAUCGUGUCUAGCCAUUUCAUUACACAUGGACUUAUUUGCUUAUCUUUUUGGUUAUAAACAUUUCUAGGAGUCAAACUUGUAUUAGAUUUUGUGGAUAGGAAAAUUAUUAAAAUGAAGACAAAUAAAUGUAUAGAAACUAGAAAAUCUAUUUAUGAUAAUGUGAUAUGAGCAGGAUAUGAAAUCUGUUCUUAUUGAGAGAAAAUGAUAUACCUGUUUUGUCUGACAAGGUAUACGGAUACCUGUUUUGUCUGACAAGGUAUAAACAUACCUGUUUUAUCUGACAAGGUAUAGAUAUACCUGUGUUGUCUGACAAGGUAUAUAAUCGUAUUUAAAUACUCUGUGUUACUUCUUUUACUACAAAUUUAAAUUAGUACAUUGUAAAUGAAAUUAAUAACAUGUUUAGGUGUUAAUAAUGGUAUAGACACAUGUUAUGUUUUGAUGUGCAAUAUUAGAAUACACUGUUAUAUUUCAUUGUACUUUCACUAUUGUCUUUACUAUAAAGUCUUGUUUAUUUUACCUGUCCAUUUCUUCAAUCAAGUUUUAUUAUUUUACUAGUAAGUGUGUAUUUGUGCAUGUUGCUUUUAUGAGCUUUCAUUUUUUAAUUGCCUUUAAACUUUUCUUGCUGUCUGUCCUUAUUUAUACGAGUUAUCUCCCUGUAACUUGGUUAUUUCCCCUCUCUAGAAACUUAUAAAUAUCUAGAUUUGGAAAAACUCAGAUGACACUCUUCUUUUUCUCUUUUAAAUAACAAAAUAAGAAUUUCCCAUAUCUGACCAUAUACUAAAUAGUUCUUAUCUUACAAAUAUGCUUUCAGCUUGGUAAUCUUUUUGAAUUCUUCGUAAAGAUGACAACGUUAUUUAAUUAUUCUACUCUACAUGUGUGUAGUGUUAUUUUAUAUGUUAUACUUCCGGAAUGGAAGUGGGAGAGGGUUGAGGUCACAAGAAAGUGCCUGUAUCAGAGUAAGAUUACAAAGUCAAGGGUAUUAUUGUCCAAAACUGACUUGUGGUUGGUUUCAGACCUGUACACUUAUACCUAUGUACAUAUACAUGUGUAUGAAUUGUCUCAAUCCUUAUAUAAUCGAGUUGAAAACUACAGUGAGGGCACUACAGUUUUAUGCAGACUAUUUUGAUAAUCAAUCCAUUUUUUUAUAAUGAUCAUAUUUUGAAUUGAAAAGAAAGCAUGAAAAGGUUUUCUGAUGUGUUAAAAGAACCGAUUUUACGGAGGUUCGUUUUAGAAGUGUGGUUUGUUGUUGUUCAACACAGAAAGUGUUACAUAAUCCAUGUAGUUUUCCAGAGGGUGAAUAACUCAAUCAAAAUGACUGUUAGACUUUUUUUUUAAUCACAUGUUAUACUCAGUAUUGCAAAACCUGUACAUAGAUUACAUGUAGGUCAAUAAAAUAUUUUGACGAAAACUAUGA